AUGGCGCACAAACAGAGCGAGAACGGCAAAGACAAGACCACCGACGAGUCAGGAAAUAUGACCAGCCGGACUGAAGACCCGGAUGAUGGGAAGGAGAACCUACCAGGAGGCAAUAGUGACCAUAAAGGCACUACUAAUACGCCGCCAAUCAAUACCAAAGCCCGUGAGAACAAGGAAAUGAAGGAGACGAUCAAGGAGAAGCUGCCAGGAGGCAAAACUGAUCAUAGCGGCAUAACUAAUACGCCAGUAAUUGAUACCAGUGCCUAUGAGAAGAAGGGAAUGGAGGAGAAGAUCGAGGGAAAGCUGCCAGGACCAGGAGGCCACAGUGACGGCCAUAGCGCCACUACUAAUACUCCAAUUUAUAUCAAUGCCUAUGAGAAUGAUGGUGGAGAUCAAAGAGUAGUGAAGCUUCCCAGCCACCACUAA